GUACAAUAAAACAAACGAAAUGUUAAAUUUCGUAAUUUAUACAUCGAUAAUUGCGAACACUCUUUACAACGCCAAUGCUCAGGACGUACAGGGAGAAACAGAGCAAUUCUACAACUCCACAGCGCAGCAAACCACUGACGCAGUUACGAAUUCAACACAAGAGCUCAACUAUACUACACGCGCACCUGGAAUCAGAAUCCUAGCAUUAUGUGGAUUCGCAGUUUACAGCAAUGAAAGCGAAUGUAGCGACCUUCGAUAUUAUAUGUACGAUGCAAAGGCAUCACUAUCAAACUGUGAAAUUCGCAGAGGUUUUAUUUCAUUCUGUUUGGUGAUUAUCUUGAUGUCAUUGGCGAUCAUAUUGUCGAACAUCCUGCUGCCGGUAGUUGUGUGGAAAACACGGGAGUUGCGCACUCAAUAUAAUUACAUCAAAGUAUCCUUAGCGCUUGCUGAUUUGCUCAGUGGAAUUGUGAUGCUUUGUACUACAAUUCCUAAUAUGCUAUGGAUGAGAUAUAAAACCGAACGUGAAGUUGUUGAUUACAUACUAGAUGACAGAAAUUCUAUUAAAGCAAUAGUCUCUGGAUCUUUUAUUAUGAUAUCCCUACAGGCAACGAUACUUCAUCUGCUGUUCCUCAGUUUCGAACGCUUUAUCGCUCUCAGGUGGCCGUUUUGGCAUCAAACAAGAAAAACACGUAGUAUUUGCUUAACUCUUCUACUGGUAUGGAUUAUAUCUCUAUCCUUCGUUUUUAUACCAGGCAAGUACAAGUUCAAAUAA